GUAAAUUCGAAAUAAUAGGCACAAUAUCUUUGGAAGCGGACGACGCUGCCGCUGCGAGGUCCCGGUCGGCGCUGGCAGUGUCCGUAAACGAACCAGACUACUAGGGUCAAGCGAUUAGUCAUCUGCGUCGGGCCUGGGCGGUUGUCUUGGAAAUUCUUCCGCUACUUACCUCUCUCACCUCACUCACCUCAUGUUUUCCCUGAUUUUUUCGGCGCUAUGCGCCUGGUUUGCAUUUUUCUUGCCUUGCUUCGCUACGUUCAAACUUCUCUCUCAACAUCCUAUUCCGGAGGCCGAGCUGCAAACAACCGCCAAGUAUUGGACCGUGAUUGGUGCUUUUGUCGGAUUUGAAUAUCUCGCUGGCUGGUUCAUUAGCUGGCUGCCUUUCUACUGGGAAGCCAAAACAGUUUUCCUGCUUUUCCUUUCUCUUCCUCAAACACAGGGCUCGACCUUUGUGUACGAUACCUACCUCAAGCCCUUCUUCGUCAAAAACCAUAACAGCAUUGAUUCAGGAAUUAUCUCCAUCCAAGGGAGCAUCAUUAGCUUCAUCCAUACCCGUCUUUAUGCCGUGUGGGAACUUCUCUGGAGCGUCAUUAAUAAGACCCCUCCAGCAGGACAGCCACCCGCAGCUGCUCCUCCCCCGACCGCCGGCUUCAGUGUAGAAUCUGCCAUGGGCCUGUGGCGCACGUAUGGUCCGUCCCUGUUGAGUGCCAUACAGACCGGGAGUGCGCGUGCCGCCCCUGCAACUCCUCCUGUCACGCCCAGUGCCUCGGCUUCCUCCACCUCGACUGAUAAUCUUCCAGGUGCCAGCGCUGAGCAACGAAUUCCCACUCCAAUUUCUGCCGCUGCUUAAUAUUCCUCAUUGGUUGGUUUGGUUGGAUUCACACGCGAAAUAUUUCAGGAUCUUUCUUCUCGCUUCACCAUUUUUACAAAUAGUUUGCUUGU